AUUACAAGUAAGAUACAAAGAUGUACCAUGUAGUAUUAGUAUUAAAUUAAUGCAUGCUUAAAAAAAAAUUACAUGGUAAAUUGAUGAAUGUUAAAAAAUAAAAUCUCAGCUUCUAACAUUAAAGAUGGCUUACGUAUUAAAUGCAAUUGUGGAUGUUGUUAAAAAUGGGAACGAUAUUGAUUCUACUUGUGAAGUAGUUAGUAAAGAAAUAUCAGAUAAAAGAUUAACUUUUCUUCAAUUUGUCGAGAGUAUGGAAGAAAUUUUGACUUCUACAGAUAAAGAUAUUCGUCUUAAUGGAGUUAAGGCAUUUKUAGCUGUUGUAAAGAAAUUACCUUUAGAUUUUUUUACACCUGAAGAGUUGGAAUAUAUUAGUCAAUUUUUGUGUGAACGUUUCAUUGACCAUCAUUCAUUUGUACCAGUUGUUUUAAUUGGAAUUGAAUAUACUGUACAAAUGAAAAAUAUCACUAAACAAAUGAUUGUAAGGUAUUUUAAUACAAUCAUGCCUCAUUUCCACUGUCAAUCACAACUUCAAAGUGACCGAAAUACAUUUUAUUGUAUAUUACAAUAUAUAUUUUUGAAUCGAAGUGUUUUAACUGCUUUAUUGUAUUCUCUCACCAUUAUUAAAGGAGACAAUGAAAAAGAACAACUAUCAAAUUUUUUGGAUAUCAUUCUUAAAAGUUCUAAUAGAUUUUUGUUGGAUACUCAAGCAACUCUAUUUAUACCUUCAAUUAAACUUCUUUGUAGUGUUGGAAAAACUUCUAACUAUGCCUGUCAUAAGAUAGCAAAUAAAGUGUACUUAAUCUUACUUGACAAAAGUGAUGUGUCAAAAACAGAAAUUGUAAGAAUCAUAGAAGCUAUGGGAUUAAUUACAAAUAUGUGUAUACAAAUGUUUAUCAAUUUAUCAUCUAUACCAGGUCUAGAAACGAGAUGGGAAGAAAUAUGUUGUUAUUUUUUACUUUAUGCUCAAAACGAAUCAUCCGAAAUAAAAAUGUCAGCUUUAAGAGCAUUAAAAAUAUCGACUAAAAUAUUAACGAAUUCUCAGCGUCAAAAUUAUUACUGUAUUUUAAUUAAUUUAAUAAAAUCUGAUAUAACAGAUUCUAUUAGAAAAGAGACAUUAUCUUGUUUCAAAGAAGCAGCUAAAUAUUUUAAUGAAGAAGUAAAUAGAGAAAUCAUACAAUUUAACUUAAACAUUUUAAAUCAGUCWAAUGAUAUKGAAUUAAAAUCAAAAUGGUUAAAUGCAUUAUGUUGUUUGGGAAAUGAAGAAUAUUUUUUUUCAUUAAUCAGCGACAGUUUAUGUGCUAAUGUAUGCGAAAAACAAGCAGAAACUGAGAUUACUCUUAAAUGUUUAAGAUUGAAAUUAAAUUUAGAAAGUUAUUUAAAUUUAUCAACCUUAUACAUCAACAAUGUUAUAAUUCAGAUAUCAUGGAUCACUAAGUCUUUAUCUCUUAAAGGUCAUAAGAAAAUGCUACAAUGGAUUGACUGGUCAUUGAAUUUAUUGGCAGACCCCUUGUAUGGGAAGAUCAUGACACAGUGUUUUAAAAUGUUAACACAGACAGAUGAAGGAUAUCUGAAUAAAGAGUGUUUUUGUUCAGUAAAGUUAGUACUUUUAUAA